AUGCAUGAUGAAGAUAAACUGUUAAAGAAAAUACCCAAAAUCAAUUUAUUUUUUACUGCCACAAACAAGGUUGAUGCUACUGAUAAUAUUACUUUCAAUUCCCCACCAUCCUCAUCAACAUCUCAGGUAGGUAUUGAUCACAAGGAUGAGGUUGCAAAAAUUGCAUUUGGACUUAAACAUACUGAAAAAUUUGAAGACGGAGCUGAUACUGGUUCAGGAACCAUUCCCAAUGAUAUUGGGAAUUUUGAUGACAUAAAAGAUCAUGUGCGUAACAUGUGCAUCACCCUUAGAACAAUCCAUUUUCGAAACUUGGCAGACAGUUAUCCCGAAACAAAGCGGAAAUACAGUGGAGUGAAUCGCUUCCUAAAUUAUAGUGUCUUCAUACGGGUUUUGCCAAAUGGUGAUAUCGUUGAUCUUGACUGGCUUGUUUAUUCUCCAGCCAAGACAUGUGUCUUCUGCUUUCCCUGCAUUCUGUUUUCAUCUGACCGGUCACAGUUGUCUGGCUUAGGAUUUAAGGAUUGGAAAAAUAUGACACAAUUCUAA